AUGUCGUACGAGGACUCGCUCUCGUCGCAAUACUUGACCUCGUCCAUAUCGUCGCUCUCAUCAGCUCGCGCGCAGUCGUCGCAAAUAGCCAGAACCUAUCGCCAGGCUGCUCAAUUGUUCCUCACCCGCAGACUAUAUGAAGCCUUGUCCACCAUUGAUCCCAUCAUCUCGCCCGAAGCUCCAGACUCUCUCUUCCAACAGGACGACCAAACCGACCGUAAUGUCGCACCCGUCGCAUUCGCGUCCAAGACCAGCCGCGUCAAAGUGUGGAGCUUCUACUUGACUCUGCUCAAUGCCAUCAUAGAGCUAGGUCCAGAGGAAGGCAAGCUAGUCUUUGGAAAUACAAAAUGGCGAGAACUGGCCUCGUACGCUCGUACAGGUACCAUCUGGGAUCUCGUUGUCAAGCAGGGCUAUCAAGGGCACGAGGGCACCGUCGAUGCUGAGGUUGUUGUCAAUCUUGCCACGUUGCUUCUGGCACACAUGCCGUCGCAGAAGCUAAACCAACAGCGCCUUGAAACAUACCUUUCCGCCCUGUCCAACCCCAGCUUCGACAUUGCUGCCCACCUCGAAGCCUCGCAGCAAUCUAUGCGCAACUCGUCUCAUCACAAUGGCACAAGUACGCCACGCGAUCUGAACACUCGUCUCAAGCUUCUCGAGCUUUACACUCUGCAUGUUCUGCCUCAAAACGACGAGUGGGACUAUGCCCGUGAUUUCAUCAGCAUGAGCGAAGUUUUGGAUGAUGAGAGAAGGGAUGCUUUCCUACAAGCACUUCACACACUGAAAGAGGAGAGAGCCCUCGAUGGAAUUCGAGAGAAAGAGCUACAGCGCCGUCAAGAUGAAGAAAUGCAACAAAGACGCCUUGAGGACGAGAGACGCCGGAAGGAAGAGGCCAGAGCGGAGCAGGAGAGAAGGCGACGAGAGGCUGAUGAAAGAUCACGCACAGCUGGCUCGCAAAACAGAACACCUUCCGCCUCCAGCAACAACAAUGCCAGAGCAGGACAAACCAACAGAACCCCGCCCGCCUCGAGAGCGAAGCCACCUCAGAAGAAAGUCACGCCUCCUUCGCCGCGCGUUUAUCGUUCUAUAUUUGCGAGCAUGCAGGCUGCCAUACUGAAUGCUAGGAAGUCUCUCAGCCAGAACCCGAUGAUGCUGCUCCGGUUUGUACUCUUUCUGAUGGCUUUCACUCUGGCCUUUGCGCGCCGAGAUGUCAGAGAUAGAGUCAAACGGAGCCUCCAGGGUGGGUUACAUAAAGUGCAGAGAACGAUAGGCAUGGGGGUCAAGGUGUCUUAUAUCUGA